AUGGCCGCCUCAAACGCCACCGUAGACCGGCUGAACGGCAUCGCGGGCGAUGUGAAAGCUAUUGCCGAUUACCAUGUCUUCCCGCUCGUGCUCGAAAGCGUACUGUAUGCGUUCUUCACGGUGCUCAUGGCCUACUACAGCAUUCAAUACUGGCGGGAUACACGCCGUGUCCGAGGGAUCUUCGCUCUUUCCGUGUGUCUGUAUGCUGCUUGUACGCUUAUGUGGGCCUUGGAUAUCCGUCUUCUAUGGCUGGAACUGUACCAUUUCAUCCCCGACGCUCUAUCACCCGACCCCUCGCGAAGUAAGACUUUGGCCGACUUCGACUCCAAGAGUGUGGCCGCAAACUUGCUAUUCCUCCACGGUAUAACCGAGUCAGUCAUCUUCAAUCUAUCCGACUGGGUCUCGUUAUGGAGAGCAUACAUCGUCUACGGGAGGCCAAGAUGGAUCAAGAUCACUUGCUUCGCGCUCAUUUUUCUAUCAUCUGUGGGGUAUCUCUUGUUGAUUGUUCUGCUCAGUACUAUACAUCUGCAACCACCUCCCGCUUUCGUCGUAAACUUCAGGUCGAGCCUCCAUGGCAAAGCGCCCAUUGCUCUUACCACGCUCUCCCUCUCGACCACGACCUUGGCGCAGAUCUUCGCCACAGGACUCAUGGCACGAAAGGCUUGGUUGCAUCGUCGUGCGAUACGGCAGCUUUCCGGAACACGUCAAAGCUCUCCCGGAAGGCUGUCUUUGGUCACUGUACUGUACAUCGUGAUCGAGACCGGCGUCAUGUACACCCUCCUCUGGAUAGUUUGCUUGCUCGUGCACGACCGAGUCAUGGGCGAGCGCGGGUAUCAAUGGUCGACUUACUGGAUGUGUCAGAUAGCGGGUAUAUACCCUACGCUCAUUGUCGUCGUCGUCUCGCUCAAAGUAUCAAUAUUGGAGCGUAGCACGGUGGACUCUGCUGCAGCCCUCGACGACGGCCCGCUCAGUUUUGCCACCACUAGACACGAUGCACCAGACGCUAUACAUGUAAAGCUAGAUCAAUUGAGCCUGUAG